AGAAAACUUCACACACAUGGCCAUGACUUGGAAGCUCCUGAAGCAACUCCGACCACUGCCCACCGCCACCGCCUCUUCCAUCCUCCACCGUCCUCGAUUCCUCAACUUGCACAAUGCCACGCGGCUCUUCUCCGACGCGCCUCCUCCUCUGCCUCCUCCCUCCGUAGAGCCUCCGUCGAUUCCACCGCCUCAAAACCCUCACUCUCCCUCGCCGUCGUCGCUCAACCAGACGGAACUCGCUAAGUUCGCCGCCAUUGCCGGAACCUGGUGGGAUUCAGAAGGACCAUUCAAACCAUUGCAUGCGCUGAAUCCUACAAGGCUCGCCUUCAUUCGCUCCACGCUGUGUCGCCAUUUCAGGAGGGAUCCCUUAUCUGCUAGGCCAUUUGAAGGGCUUAAGUUUAUUGAUGUUGGCUGUGGUGGUGGAAUUCUUUCUGAGCCUUUAGCACGGAUGGGAGCUUCUGUAACAGGAGUUGAUGCUGUUGAGAAAAAUAUCAAGAUAGCUCGCCUUCAUGCUGACUUGGAUCCGGUGACCUCAAGCAUUGAAUAUCAUUGCACAACAGCUGAAAAACUAGUUGAGGAGCAGAGGAGUUUCGAUGCUGUGUUUGCUUUAGAGGUUAUUGAGCAUGUGGCUAAUCCUGCUGAGUUCUGCAAAUCUCUGUCUGCCUUGACUGUUCCCGAUGGAGCUACUUUGAUUUCAACUAUUAACCGUUCUAUGAGAGCAUAUGCUACUGCAAUUAUUGCUGCCGAGUAUAUCCUCCACUGGCUUCCUAAAGGUACACAUCAAUGGUCCAGUUUCCUUACUCCUGAAGAACUAAUCCUGAUCCUGGAGCGUGCUUCUAUUUCGGUCCAAGAGAUGGCUGGAUUUGCAUACAACCCUUUGACAGGAAGAUGGUCUUUAUCCGAUGAUAUUAGUGUAAACUUUAUCGCUUAUGCUACCAAAACAGAAACAUCCACUUCAUAAAUACAACAAACUCUCGUCCAUUUUGUUCGAAUGAAAACUCUUCCCUUCACAUUAUCUUUGAAGAUCCUUAACCUAAUGAGCAAGAAAGCCAAUUGUAUAC